UUUCACUUGAAAGGAAAUUUAAUUUUCUAUUGUUUACUUUUUAUUUUCUCAAUUAAUUUGAUUUACUGAUUUACUUUUUUGUUUAUUUUAUUUUCUGUUUCUCUUUUCUUUUAUAUUGGUCAUCCAGAAUUGUUCAGUUUAAAUCGUCAUCAUGAGUGAUUCUUAUAAAAGUAAUGAUUCAUACAAUGAACCUAUUUUUGAGAAACUCCGAUCCGUUGUUAUGAAAAUGAUGGACAUUGGUGAUUUUAAAACCGCUUUAUAUUGGUCAAAUAAAAUACUUUCUUUCUCUAAUUGUGAUAAAUCUGAUGUUCUAAAACAAGCUAAGUGUUUCUAUUAUCUUAAAGAGUAUCAUAGAGCCUCACAUUGUAUUAAAUCAAGAAAUCUCCAUGAAAUAGAUCUUGCCUGUCGUUACCUUGCUGCUAAAUCUCAUUAUGCAGCUCAAGAAUAUCGAGAAGCUUUUGAAAUAUUGGAUUUCGAUGAAAACCUUGGCCCUCUUAAGAAAAUGGACUUGGAAUUAGAGACUCGUGAAGAGCAUAAGCAAUUGGAAAGUUCAAUUUGUUUACUUAAAGGUCACAUUUAUGAAGCAUUAGACAAUCGAGGUGAAGCAGUUGAAUGGUUCAAAAAAGCGCUUCUUUUAGAUGCUUAUUGUUAUGAAGCUCUAGAGGCUUUAGUUCAACACCAAAUGCUCAAUAAACAAGAAGAAGAGGAUCUUUUGUCUUCCAUUAGGUUUGAGAACCAGUUCGAUAAAGAGGAAGCUCGUUUUAUUAAGUUCUUGUACACAUCAGCAUUGAAAAAAUAUGCAAAACCCGAUGAACUUCAAGUUCCUAUUGAAUUUUCCCAUUUUCUAUCCGAUAAUGUUGAUAUAUUGACCUCACUAGCAGAACGACAUUAUUAUAACUGUGAUUUCCAACAAUGUUUCCAACUUACCAAUAAAGUUCUUAAAAUUGAUAUUUAUCAUACCCAAUGUUUACCAAUUCACAUAUCAUGUCUCAUGGAAUUACAAAAAACAAAUCUUCUUUUUGAUUUGGCUCAUAAAUUAGUUGAUCUUUAUCCAGAAAACGCUACAUCUUGGUAUGCAGUUGGUUGUUAUUAUCUCAUGAUUAACAAAAUGGACGCAGCGAGGCGAUUCCUGAGUAAAGCGACAACUUUAGACAAUGUUUUCGGUCCAGCUUGGCUUCUUUAUGGUCACUCAUUCGCGAUUGAAAGUGAACACGACCAAGCAAUGGCCGCUUAUUUUAAAGCGUCACAUCUAAUGAAAGGCUGUCACCUUCCCUUACUUUAUAUCGGACUUGAAUAUGGAUUAACUGAUAAUAACAAAUUAGCUGAGAAAUUUUUCCAACAAGCUUUAGCCAUCGCUCCCAAUGAUCCUUUCGUCUUACAUGAAUUAGGUGUCAUUUCCUAUCAAAUCCAAGAAUACCAAACUGCUUAUAAACAUUUCACCUCAGCGUUAAGUUUGAUAAGAGAUAAACAAGAUGCAACUUGUUUACCUGAGAAAUGGGAACCGUUGAUUAAUAACAUUGGACACGUUUUACGAAAAUUAAAACGAUAUGAUGAAGCUUUAGAAUACCAUAAACAAGCCUUAGUUUUGAUACCAUUGAAUCCGUCAACUUAUUCAGCGAUUGGAUUUGUUUAUGCCUGGAAGAAAAAAUAUCGAAAAGCUGUAGAUUAUUUUCAUAAAGCAUUGGGACUAAAAAGAGAUGACCAAUGUGCAAAAACCAUGUUGGACAAAUGUAUGGAACAUUUAUCAACUGAAUUCUGUCUAUGGGAUGAUGAAUUACCUUUAUAUGAAGAUGAAGCUUAUAUGAAGAAAUAUUUUGCAAGUAGCAAUUUAGCUGAUGAAUCAUCCACGGACGACGCGUUACUAGAUGAUAAUGACCUCGAGCGAUCACUUUCUGAAAACGAGACGGAAAAUAAUGCAAGUGGACUCGAUGUUGAGAUGGAUUUAAGUCCAUAAUUUAAUCUUGGACUAAAUUAAAGCACAUGAUCAAUGUUUUCCCAAAUAAGUGAAAAAUUGAAUAAAACAUGACACAAUUCAACUCAUCUA